UUGCUUUGACAUGCUUAUAUUUAUAUAUCCAAAGAAAUCUAAUAUUGACCAUGGCACCAAUUCUUCAGGUUUUGUUCAUAUUUUUCAAUAUGAUCAUAAGGGUUCAUGGAACGAUGAAUGAUUUAGGAAUGUCGACGAUUUCUAUUAGAGAAACUUCAACAAUUGAAAUUCUUUCAAAAAUGUACUUGCAUGGAUCAACAACCAAUGCCUAUCUUUUCGGAACAAGAGCUAGUAAAAUACAUCACGAAACGGGCAAAACAAACACAAUCUUUGAAAAACAAACGGUUCAGCCGUUUACAAGUGAAGAAGAACAACCAGUUUUUGAAAUUGACGACGGAAAAUCAUCAAAUUCUACAGAUAUAAAUUUCAACAACACAAUACCUCACGGAGACGAUAUUACGACUGCCUCAAAUAAGCUAUCUACGUCACACUACAUAUCUGACCCUUGUUUUGAAAAAGAAAUUUGUAAUUCUGAUAGAAUAUCUGAACGUGGAUAUUGUAAUUGCGACUCGCAGUGCAUUGACUAUGACGAUUGUUGUUCGGAGGCUUCGAAAAAUGUUAGUUAUAUAUCAAAAUACCAUAAAUACUGGAACUGCUAUGCUCACUCCAAUAUACGCGAGUACUUUGGUGGUUUCUUCGUUGUAGCAUCGUGUCCGGAUGGGUAUGAAAAUGGAACUAUCAUUUCUAGAUGCCAUGAAAUUGAUAUUUUUAAAAAUGGACCAUGUGUCGUAUACGACAACGAAAUCGCUUUCCAAAAUAGAUUCUGUGCUCUGUGUCACAAUAUAACAGAAUUCAAGUUUUGUAAGUUGAACUUUUAUGGAACGGAUGCGUACAGUUUAUUUCAUAAAAUCGGAUACUUGAAUAAAACAAAGUUAGAAAAACUUGAGGUACUUUUGGAAAUAGAUUUGGAGUUUCUUGUCGAUCUACCAAUUGAAUCAAAGUCUCGUUUCUGUAUGUCGACGCUUAUUGAAAGUACAGAUGAAAUUUGUCGGCAAUCCCCCAUCAACCCAGUGUACCGAUAUAGAAGAGGAUUACCAUAUUUCUACAAGAAUAUUUUUUGCUCACCAGAAAACAUUAGGGAAUCUUUGAUAUGUGUUAAUGACGAUUUUCUACAAUUUGUAGAUUUCAUGAGAUCUCUUUUCCCACUCACUGUAAUGUUCAGCUUCUCACCGGAGAAUGAAAAUCAAGACAAUGAUGUGUGUAAAAUUUGGACAGAAAAGAAUAAAGCAAAGGAAACUUGUUCAGAAGCAUAUGUUGACCCUGUUAUUGGUCUGGUUCCGUUUGGAUUAAGAGGAGAUUCUUUUUUAUCUGAUGAAGAUUUUUUUACCGUUGGCUCUAUUUUAGCCUGGUCCAUAGAAAUAAUUAGCCCCAUUAAGAUAAAUCAGAUAAUGUUCAAACUGAACGGAGACAAAAGCAUGAUAGAUAUUGCUCGGCUAACGGUGUUAAAAACAAUGUUUCUUCACGAGGUAGAUAUAUUUGCGCGUUUUUUAAACGAAAUGAAAUGGGUAGCAGACUUCUUCGAUGAAAUGAGUAAUACUACUUUUGAACUUCACAAAGAUGAUAUACACCAUGAGUUGUUAGAGAACAAACUUUAUUCUUUCGAUAAAAAUGUUCAUACAAUAGUAUUAAGUGACAAUGAGCCUAUAGAGAAUUUGUUUAUUGAGAAGAAUGUUGUUUUACCAAACAUAUCACAUCUGGACAAUUGUAAUGAAAUCUUUGUGCAAAUUGUUCGCAAUGGUACUGGUCACAUUCAUGUUGAAUUAAUUUCCUGCACACUUGGCAGUAGUUUCAUCACGGAUGAGAGUGAACAUUUAUCUUUAGAAACGAUAAUCACGUAUUUUACUUUAACGAUAUCAACUAUAGCAUUGAUUUUUACGAUUUUGAUCAACAGAAGAUAUAGUUUUGUAUCUGGGGUUGCGGGCUCAAAUUUGGAAAACUUGUCAAUUUCGAUGUGCUUGUCGAAUGUUGCUUUUAUGUCAGGUAUAGGACACGAGGAUAUUGUCACUGUUUGUUACGUCAUUGGUGUUCUGCUUCACUAUCUGUGGUUAACAGUGUUCUCUUUUAUGUGCAUAGGAAAUGUGUUUAUUGUCCAAAAUCUUACCAAACUGAAAUCAAGUAUGAAUAAGCAACAACAGGAAACCACAUUAAAUUUCAAACGCCGAGUUUUAACGGUUUUAGGUAUGGCUAUUCCAUUGGUAUUCGUGAUUCCAGCAGUUAUCUCAGACAAAUUUGGACCAGAUUUAAUCUCACCAGGAUAUGGAGACGGGGUUUGUUUUCCAAAUCAGUUCCCAGGAAAUUUGAUUUUCUUCUCAGGGCCUGUCAUGGUGUCACUUAUUCUUGGUUUACUCUCUUUGGUCGUUAUUGUUUUCAAAGUUACUAAACUUAACAUUGAUAUUGGUCAUGUGUCAAAAUCGAACGCAUUUACGAAUGCAGUAGUUUUUCUUAGGAUUUUAUGUCUUUCUAACCUGUUCUGGGUUACCGGCAUAUUUGCCUCUUUGUUCGAGUUAGGCUGGUUAAAGUAUUUGUUUACAAUUUUGUGCGGUUUGCAUGGCUUGUUCAUUGCAAUCGCGAGUUUAUCAACACGGAAGUUUCGUAGGCAGCUCAGUCGCAAAUCUAGGAAUUCAAAUUGA